AUGCAAAACACUUCAGCUGAGUUGGCUUUUAGGGCCUUUAUAGAGGACAAGUUCUGCUUCGCCCUUCCCCUUGAUCUCGUAGACAACAGAAUCGAAGCUCAUGCCCCUAUACGUCAAUAUCAUGAGUCUUUUCAACUAGAGCUGAAUGAGCUUGAAAGCAACCUCGAUACGUCGAAGCCAGCCUAUAUCGUUCUCCGCCGUGGCGACUCGGUCACAUUCAUCACAUAUGUGCCAUACCGUGCCAAGGAAGAACUUCGAAACCUUUUUCUCGAACGCAGACACAGUGUCGUACAACAACUCGGCGCAAGGCAUAUAUCAUACUCAAUUAUAUGCAAGGAAAUUGCGGAGAUCACAGAUGCUCGAUCCUGGGUAGAACGAGACGCAGAGGCUCUCUCAUUGAGUACUAAAAGGAUCCAAUGCGAUAAAAAGGAGUCAUGUGGUUGCCCUGAGCAUAGUAAGAGUGACCUGGAAGACGUGGAAUACAGGAAGAACAAAUGUCGGCUUUGUGAUCGUCGCAUGAAGAACAAGAUCUCUUCUGAAGCUCUGGAGGCACUGAGGGAGCUACAGACUCCAUGUACAGCCGUGCAGAUGUUCGUUGACGUCGCCACCGAAACUCUCGAACUGAGCUACAUCAGGAACGGCAUCAUCCCCGAACAUGUCGCAGCGACACUCCCGAAUGAUAGGCCCAGCUUUACCUUUUAUCGCCAUCCAGAUACCCAGCUACUCUACUUCAUAUUCCAUUCCCCCGACGAUGCCACAGUCCAGGAGCGUAUGAAGCACACAAUGGCUAUACCAGGCCUCAUCAACGUUCACUCUCAUGAUCGAAAUGUUCAUGUAGAUCAGAAGAUCGAAAUACACGAUCCAGAUGACUUGGUUUUCGAAGCCAAAGAUGAGCGUAUUGGCAGAUUUAGGAGCGUAUAUUUAAGGAACAAGUUCGAGGGAACGGAGAGCACGUACGACAAUCUGGAAGCAGACAAGACCUUUUAUGACAAGGUCAGAUAG